AUGACCAAAAUGACCAAAGUACGAAUGCCUACCGCCGACACUCCACUCGCAAAGCGAAAGAACCUCUUCUUUCUCGACACGUUCAUCAACCACGAGGGCCACUAUGACUGGCAGUGCUACACCAGACACUUUGCCUACGUAGUGCCCAACCAGUGGGACACAUACUGGGAGUUUGAGGCUUUCUGCAAAGAGAUCAAUCCUGCUCUGAGCACCCAGUACCCUGGGGCUUGCUACGACUCCAAGAGAUACAGGGUCUCCGACACAGAGAAUUAUUACGAGGCCCGAGAAGCAUUGGUGCAUGGAGACUUCCUCUACACUUGUGCCGACAACUGGUACAUUUUCGAAGUGCCAAAGUACUCAUCAGACUAUGUCAAACCAGAUAGUGUUGCCUCUCUUCAAGACUGGAAGGAGAUGGUGAUCCGACUCUCCAAGCUGGAGGCAGAAGUUCAAGACCUGAGGCAGAUCUAA